AACUAUGUGCUUUCGAAAAACGUUUGGGUUGCGUCGUAUCGUCCUGACUUCGUUCGUUAAGCCAGGGUGUAUUAUUGCUUGCAAGUCAAUGGAAGAACAAAAAGAAGAGAUUGUUGGUUUCUUACACAAUGUGUCUCCAACUAAAAAAAGUAGCAAGACAUCUUACUUUGACAUGUCCAUACAAACCACCGAUGGCUUAGUAAGAGGAGUCUGCGUCUCCGGAAGUAAACAGGAACACUUUGAUCAAAUGAGCAAAAAGAAAUCUCCAAUAAAACUUAGAAAUUUUAGAAUUGAAAGAGCAGGAGAUGCAACCACAGUACUGAUGAAUAACAAUGUACUGUUAGAGCCUACAAAAGAAAUACCUUUUUCAAGAAUUGAGUUGCCAAGUGCCAACAAUAUCCAAUCAAUUUCAGCUGCAAACACAAAUCAAAGUAUCACCAUCAAAGCCAAACUUAUUCAGAUGUCAUCAACAAAAAAAGUGAAGACCGAGUAUGGUGAAAAAAAAAAAGUUGUUUGCCUAUCUUGUGGACCCACAUGGAGCCAUUAAG